UCUUCCCAACGGUCCUUCAUCACUCGGGCGAAACCAACGGGAUGUUUUUGGGAACUGUCUUGAGGAGCGAUAUCAGCCUUUAGCACGGCAGUGGGAGGGUUUGAGCGUGUCACAACUAAAUGGCAACAGCGUGAUAUACAUAUAGCCUAUAUAUAUUUUUGUAUUCAAUAGGAAAUAUCUCCUGGAAUGCCGGAAACACUUCCCGCUAACGGAGCGUGUAUUUGCAGUAACGUUAAGACAAGCCCGCUGUUCAUCAUCGUUGCCUUUACCACCGCGUUGAGCGGAUUCCUCGACUCUGACAUUUAUUUGGCAAGAACCCGUGAAAAUAGGUGGAUUAAAAAGUGUUUUAACUCUGCUUUUCCCCUUUCGUAUCGUUAAAAAGCCCGUGUUUUCCGUUGUGUACGGCAAAAAAGCGCCAGGAAAAGUCCGAUGUUGCACCUCCUCAUGUGUUAUUUGUAUCGCUUUGAUAGAUCAGCGCAUCUCUGAGCUUCCGGCGUCCACCGCGACACACUGAUGCUCCGAGCCGCCGGGAUGGACGAGUUUGUGACGGAAGAAGACGAGCCCUGGUACGACCAGAGGGACCUGGAGCAAGAUCUGCACUUGGCAGCUGAGCUGGGGAAAACCCUUCUGGAGCGCAACAAGGAGCUGGAGGACUCGCUGCAGCAGAUGUACAUCAACAAUGAGGAGCAGGUGCAGGAAAUUGAGUAUUUGACCAAGCAGAUGGAGAUGAUGCGCGAGAUGAACGAGCAGCACGCUAAAGUGUACGAGCAGUUGGACGUGACGGCACGAGAGCUGGAGAUAACCAAUGAAAAACUGGUUCUGGAGAGCAAAGCUUCUCAGCAGAAGAUUGACAGAUUGACGAGUACUAUAGAGAUGCUGCAGGGGCAGGUGGACACGCUAACUGCUCGGGUGGAGGAAUUGCGCACUUUGGAAGAGCUCAGGGUUCGCAGAGAGAAGAAAGAGAGGAGAAAGACUGUGCACUCGUUCCCCUGCCUCAAAGAACUCUGCACCGCUCCCAGGUACGAGGAUAGUUUCAUGGUGUCUGACCCAGGCAGCGGUGACCUACAAGAGUGUCAGCCUGCUGACGAAGAGAACGAACAUCUGCGUGUGAUGGUGUCAUCUUUGCGCAGCGCUGUAGCGGCUGAACGCGGACGGCGUGAGGCGGCUGAACGGGAAUGUGGCGCAGUGAUUCAAGAGUUUGAGCGUCUGGAACAGCGCCUCAUGGGGGCAGAGAACUGCCAGAGGCGUGUGCACGAGCUGGAGGCGGAGCUCCAGGAGAUGCAGCUGCUCCGCAAGUCCCGGGCCUGCCUCCUGAGCGGAGACGAGGGCCUGGAGCAGACGCUGCUCAACUGCGCCCCCGAGACGGACACGCCGGAGGAUGCAGUUAUGGCUGGAAUGCAGAACGGGGAUGCGAAUGAUGGAGCAGCACCCGUCCGGAAGAGUUGCAGUGAUACGGCUCUAGAUGCCAUCUCUGCGGUCGAUGCCUCUGGGAGACGCAAAGGCAGCUACGCGCUUCACGCCAACGGCGUCCGGAAGAGGGGCAUGUCCAUCCUCCGAGAGGUGGACGAGCAGUAUCACGCCCUUCUGGAGAAGUACGAGGAGCUGCUCGGGAAGUGUCGGCGCAAUGAGGAGAGUCUAUGCCACGCUGGGGUGCAGACCUCCCGUCCCGUGUCCAGAGACCCGUCCAUGAAGGAAUGCCGGGCCGCAGAGCCCCAGCAGCUGCCCACUCCUCCGCAGACGCCCUCUACUCCAGAGGCCCUGGAGGGAAUCAGCCGGCAAGUGGAGGCUGUGGACAAACGGCUCAGCCAAAACACUCCAGAGUAUAAAGCCCUCUUCAAGGAGAUCUUUUCCCGCUUACAGAGGACCAAGAGCGACAUAAACUCCACCAAAGGGAGAAAAAGCGGAAAAUAGCCCAUUUUGCUCUUAACAUUUGUGUCACGGAUUUCUUUCCCUGGUCUUUCAUGUAAUGUCUUACAUAUUUUUUUAAUAGAGAGACAUUUAGAUACAUCUGUAAUUUAGCACAGAUCAUCCAUGAAUUAUUUGGUGCCACAUAUCAAGGGACAAAUGGUGGUUUUCUGGACGUUUGAGUCCUCAUGUGCUAAUGUGCCAGGUUGGCCUUUUAGGGUAGACCAUAUUACUCACUAUUGGUUAAACUGUAACCAUAAUCACCCCAAAGUUAAUCAAGCACAGGAAGAUCAUUGCUGAUUAUUUCCUUUCUCACAUGUUGUGUAUUACGUGUUAUGGAUAACCACAGCAUUGUGUAACCACUUUUGUUCAAUAUUAAAUCACACUUUGCUUUAUAA